CGCCAUCUCAUUUAGCCACUACAACAAAAGCGUGCAGUAAAUGUGGCCUAAUGUGAUAAAGUCAUACAAGAUUGUUUUGACAAUAUCCCUUUGUUUUGUUUUUCCUUCUAGGUAAUGAACCAAUUUCUAUGUCAGUUGGGCUUGCGUCCAAGCUGGCAGUUUGGGGAUGUUUAUGGGUUGGACCCAGAACUCCUCAGUAUGGUACCAAAACCAGUGUGUGCUGUUCUGCUCCUCUUCCCAGUGACGGAGAAGUAUGAAUCAUUCAGGUUGAAAGAGGAAGGAAGAAUCAAAGAAGAGGGGCAAGAGGUGUCUUCUGAUGUGUACUUCAUGAAGCAAACCAUUGGGAAUGCCUGUGGUACAAUCGGAUUAAUUCACGCCGUGGCAAACAACCAAGCCAGUCUGGAAUUCGAAGCAGAUUCUCCACUGAAGAAGUUUCUGCUGGAAUCCUCUAAAUUGAGCCCAGAAGAAAAGGCAGUCUUCCUAGAAAAAGAUGAGCAUAUGCGCGUUACCCACGAAUCAAGUGCACAGGAGGGUCAGAGUGAGACCCCAAGCAUAGAUGAUAAAGUAGACUUGCAUUUCAUAUCUUUUGUAAACGUUGGAGGACAACUGUGCGAACUAGAUGGCCGCAAGCCUUUCCCCAUCGUCCACGGAAAAACCUCAGAAGACACUUUCCUGGAGGAUGCCGCAAAGAUGUGCAAAGUGUUCAUGGCACGCGACCCCUUGGAGCUCCACUUCACGGUUAUUGCCCUCUCCAAAGCUUGAAGCCUGAACGCUUUCUUGUUUAUGACACUUCCCUUCCACACAGAAGAUUUCAGAAUUCAAUUCUACUGCCAAUCAUUCGCAAGUGCUGACCUUUUAAGAAAGAAAAGUUCAAUUUUUACAAAGUAAAGAACAGACAAGAUACUGAAAAUAUAUUUAAAAGAAGGAAUAUUUAAAUGGUCUUCCAUGUCUGUCAUGCAUUUCUUGUGAGGUUUUCAAAGGAAUUCAAGUGUGUUGUGCAACUAAAAUACUUACAAUUAAUAAAAAAUGCAUAUUCACUGUCAAACCCUGUUUAAAACAUAAUCGGGCUGCCAGUAUAGAUAUUAACACUAUUUUAUGUAAAUUCUGAAAAUUUACAUUUUGUGGCUGUUGAAGAUUAAACUAUAAAAUUGGUCAUUUUCAAAAAGGCUUGUGUUGUAAAAAGCUUGACUUAAACCGAAUGCAUACUUUGCAAUCAAAUUAACCUAAGCAGUGAUGCACUGAAAAACGUCUUUAAAACAGCUUGAUUGCACAAUGCCUGGAAAGCUGAUUCACUCAAAUGUUAAGAUAAAAUCUUUUGGAAAGGUGCCUAUUUCUUUUUUUUAUUGAGCUGGAAUGUGUGUUGAAUAAAAACCAAUGAAUGACAA